CCAGCAUCAACAGCUCCUCAGUGCGCUCCGAGUGCUCGGCUGGCCUGGGGAAGAGAGGGAAGAGGAGGAGAAAGAAAAAGAGGAGUUCUGGCAUUCUCCAUUGAGAGCCUGAAGGAACCAAAGGAUGAUACAGUGUGGAGAGAGAAAGAGAGACAGAGUCGAAGAAGGGGACGGGUACGAGACAGACCACCAGGACUACUGUGAGGUGUGCCAGCAGGGAGGGGAGAUCAUCCUGUGCGACACCUGUCCUCGCGCCUACCACCUUGUCUGCCUGGACCCCGAGCUGGAGAAGGCCCCCGAGGGCAAGUGGAGCUGCCCCCACUGCGAGAAGGAGGGCAUCCAGUGGGAGCCGAAGGAGGAGGAGGAGGAAGAAGAGGAAGGUGGUGAGGAGGAGGAGGAUGACCACAUGGAGUUCUGCCGGGUCUGUAAGGAUGGAGGGGAGCUGCUGUGCUGUGACACCUGCCCGUCCUCCUACCACCUCCACUGCCUGAACCCGCCGCUGCCGGAAAUACCAAAUGGUGAAUGGCUCUGCCCUCGCUGUACAUGCCCUCCCUUGAAGGGCAAAGUCCAACGCAUCCUGCACUGGGCCUGGAAGGAGCCACCGGCCGCCCAGCUCCUGCCCGUGCUGCCCGCCCCAGACGCAGAGCUGGCUCUCCCCCCGCCGAAGGUGCUGGAGGGGAUCCCGGAGCGCGAGUUCUUCGUGAAGUGGGCAGGCCUCUCCUACUGGCACUGCUCCUGGGUCAAGGAGCUGCAGCUGGAGCUCUACCACACCGUGAUGUACCGCAACUACCAACGGAAGAACGACAUGGAUGAGCCGCCGGCCUUCGACUACGGCUCUGGGGACGAGGACAGCCAGAGGGAGAAGCGGAAGAACAAAGACCCACAGUACGCCAAGAUGGAGGAGCGGUUCUACCGCUACGGCAUCAAGCCUGAGUGGAUGAUGAUCCACCGCAUCCUGAACCACAGCUUUGAUAAAAAGGGAGACGUCCAUUACUUGAUCAAGUGGAAAGACCUGCCGUACGACCAGUGCACUUGGGAGAUCGAUGAGAUAGACAUCCCAUACUACGAGAACCUCAAACACCUCUACUGGAACCACAGGGAGCUGAUGCUGGGGGAGGACACGCGCCCUCUGAAGAAGCUGAACAAGAAAGGGAAAAAGCUGAAAGAGGAGAAGCUGGAAAAGCCUCCAGAAACGCCUCUCGUGGAUCCUACAGUGAAGUUUGACAAGCAGCCGUGGUACAUCGAUGCCACGGGAGGCACGCUCCAUCCUUACCAGCUGGAAGGGCUAAACUGGCUGAGAUUUUCCUGGGCCCAAGGGACGGAUACAAUCCUGGCCGACGAGAUGGGGCUGGGGAAGACUGUGCAGACUAUUGUGUUCUUGUAUUCCCUGUACAAGGAGGGCCACUCGAAAGGGCCGUAUCUGGUCAGCGCCCCUCUCUCCACCAUCAUCAACUGGGAGCGCGAGUUUGAGAUGUGGGCACCCGACUUCUACGUCGUGACCUACACGGGGGACAAAGAAAGCCGGUCGGUCAUCCGGGAAAAUGAGUUUUCUUUUGAAGACAACGCCAUCCGGAGUGGAAAGAAGGUCUUCCGGAUGAAGAAGGAAGCCCAGAUCAAGUUCCAUGUCCUGCUCACCUCCUAUGAGCUGAUCACUAUUGACCAGGCGGUGCUGGGCUCCAUAGAGUGGGCCUGUCUGGUGGUGGAUGAAGCGCACAGGCUGAAGAACAACCAGUCCAAAUUCUUUAGAGUAUUAAAUAGCUACAAGAUCGAUUACAAGCUGCUGCUCACUGGGACUCCGCUCCAGAACAACUUGGAAGAGCUCUUCCACCUGCUCAAUUUCCUGACUCCCGAGAGGUUUAAUAACCUGGAGGGGUUCCUGGAGGAGUUUGCAGACAUCUCCAAGGAGGACCAGAUCAAAAAGCUCCAUGAUCUGCUGGGUCCCCACAUGCUGCGGCGGCUCAAGGCAGAUGUGUUCAAGAACAUGCCGGCCAAGACAGAGCUGAUCGUGAGAGUGGAACUGAGCCAGAUGCAGAAGAAGUACUACAAGUUCAUACUGACGAGGAAUUUCGAAGCCCUGAAUUCGAAAGGUGGUGGGAACCAGGUCUCGCUGCUCAACAUCAUGAUGGACCUGAAGAAGUGCUGUAAUCACCCGUACCUCUUUCCUGUGGCGGCGGUGGAGGCCCCGGUUCUGCCCAAUGGAUCCUAUGAUGGGAAUUCUCUGGUCAAAUCUUCUGGGAAACUGAUGCUGCUCCAAAAGAUGCUGAAGAAGUUACGGGAUGGGGGUCACAGAGUUCUGAUCUUCUCCCAGAUGACGAAGAUGCUGGACUUGCUGGAGGAUUUCCUGGAGUACGAAGGCUACAAGUAUGAGCGGAUAGACGGGGGCAUCACCGGCGGCCUGCGCCAGGAGGCCAUAGACAGGUUUAACGCUCCUGGUGCUCAGCAGUUCUGCUUUCUCCUCUCCACCCGCGCCGGCGGUCUGGGCAUAAACCUUGCUACGGCCGACACAGUCAUUAUUUAUGAUUCUGACUGGAAUCCCCACAAUGACAUCCAGGCAUUCAGCAGAGCUCACCGCAUCGGGCAGAACAAGAAGGUGAUGAUCUACCGCUUUGUGACCAGAGCCUCUGUUGAAGAGCGCAUCACCCAGGUGGCCAAAAGGAAGAUGAUGCUCACCCACCUGGUGGUCCGCCCGGGGCUCGGCUCCAAGUCGGGCUCCAUGACCAAGCAAGAGCUGGAUGACAUCCUCAAGUUUGGGACAGAAGAGCUCUUCAAGGAUGAUGUGGAAGGCAUGGUGUCUCAGGGACAGCGGAUCACCAUGCCAGAUGCUGUCACCCCUUUCUCUGACACGCUGUCAACCAAAGGGGGUGCAGUGACUCCCGGCAUGAAAAAAAAGCACGGUGGCACCCCACCAGGUGACAAUAAGGACGUGGAUGACAGCAGUGUGAUCCACUACGAUGAUGCUGCCAUCUCGAAGCUUCUGGACCGAAACCAGGAUGCGACUGAUGACACGGAGCUGCAGAACAUGAACGAGUAUCUCAGCUCCUUUAAAGUGGCCCAGUAUGUUGUGAGAGAAGAGGACGGUGUGGAGGAGGUGGAACGUGAGAUCAUCAAGCAAGAGGAGAAUGUGGACCCCGACUACUGGGAGAAGCUGCUGCGGCACCACUAUGAGCAGCAGCAGGAAGAUCUGGCCCGGAACCUGGGGAAAGGGAAGAGAAUCCGCAAGCAGGUCAACUACAACGAUGCCUCGCAGGAGGACCAAGAGUGGCAGGACGAGCUCUCUGACAACCAGUCGGAGUACUCCAUUGGCUCCGAGGAUGAGGAUGAAGACUUUGAAGAGAGGCCAGAAGGUCAGAGUGGCAGAAGACAAUCCCGGAGACAGCUGAAGAGCGACCGGGACAAGCCUCUCCCUCCUUUGCUGGCAAGAGUUGGGGGGAAUAUCGAGGUUCUCGGCUUCAAUGCCCGCCAGCGCAAGGCUUUCCUGAACGCUAUCAUGCGUUGGGGCAUGCCGCCCCAGGAUGCCUUCAACUCUCACUGGCUGGUCCGGGAUCUGCGAGGAAAGAGUGAGAAGGAGUUCAGGGCGUACGUCUCUCUCUUCAUGAGACAUUUGUGUGAACCUGGGGCAGAUGGUGCCGAAACCUUUGCGGACGGCGUUCCCCGGGAAGGGCUGUCACGGCAGCACGUGCUGACUCGCAUAGGAGUCAUGUCACUAGUAAGGAAGAAGGUCCAGGAGUUUGAGCAUGUCAAUGGGAAGUACAGCACCCCAGAUCUGAUUCUCGAGGGCCCGGAGAGCAAAAAGUCCAGCGAGAUUGUGUCUUCAGAUCCCAACACCCCUGUCCCGGCCAGCCCAGCACACAUGCACAUGGGACCUGUGGCCCUUGCGGACAAAACAGAAACGCAACUUGGGUUCCAGGAGGAAAAGGACCAAGUAGAGCAGAAGUUCAGGAAGGUGUCCGACAGCCAGGUGCCUGCGAGUGCCGAGAAGGUGGAAAGCGAAGAGCACCCAGAAAUCUGCGACAGCAAAGAGAAACUGAGGGAAGAGAAGCAAGAGGAGAGUGAAAAGGCUGAGCCUUCUCCUGAGCCUCUGGUGAAAGAUGAGGGGAUUCAAGAGAAAGAGAAGCCUUUGGAGAAGCCGGAGUUGAACAGCAGCCCAGGGAAAGGGGAGGACAAAGAAGUCAAACCAGAGGAUGCCAAGGCAGAGGAGAAGGAGCAAAGCGAGGCUCAGCAAAAUGGUGACAAAGAGGAAGAGGAGGAUGGAAAGAAGGAUGACAGAAACGUGAACUUCAGAUUCAUGUUCAACAUUGCUGACGGUGGCUUUACAGAGCUGCACACGCUGUGGCAGAAUGAGGAAAGGGCUGCCAUCUCCUCUGGCAAGAUCUACGACAUCUGGCACCGCCGACACGACUACUGGCUGUUGGCAGGAAUUGUCACUCACGGCUAUGCCCGAUGGCAGGACAUCCAGAAUGACCCACGUUACGUGAUCCUGAAUGAGCCAUUCAAGUCGGAGAUACACAAGGGGAACUACCUCGAGAUGAAGAACAAGUUCCUUGCCCGGCGGUUCAAGUUGCUGGAGCAGGCCCUGGUGAUCGAGGAGCAGCUGCGGAGGGCUGCGUACCUCAACAUGACCCAAGACCCCAGUCACCCGGCCAUGGCAUUGAACGCCCGUCUGGCUGAAGUGGAGUGCCUUGCCGAGAGCCACCAGCAUCUCUCCAAAGAGUCCCUGGCUGGGAACAAGCCCGCGAACGCCGUCCUGCACAAGGUGCUGAACCAGCUCGAGGAGCUGCUGAGCGACAUGAAGGCUGAUGUGACGCGCCUGCCCUCCAUGCUGUCCCGCAUCCCACCCGUGGCCGCCCGGCUGCAGAUGUCCGAGCGGAGCAUCCUCAGCCGGCUGCAGGUCAGCGGCUCUUCUCCCUCCUUACCUCCCCAGGGCUCCUUCGGCUCCUCCCAGAUCUACAACAACAACUUCGGGCCAAAUUUCCGAGGUCCUGGGCCAGGCGGCAUUGUCAACUACAGUCAGAUGCCUCUGGGACCAUAUGUGACCGAUAUUUAGCUGUUUCCACGAUUUUCCUCCGCAGCUCCCGUUUCCAGCUGAGCAGCCCCCGGGGGCCGCUCCCCGGCCCCCCAGCCAAAAGCCGCCCUGUCGCUGGAGGAAGGGCAGGGGAAGCGCGGCAGCGUUGCCUGCGUGGAAGACAAGCUGCUGCUGGCGCUGCCGGGCUCUCCUGCUCCUGCUUCAAGUGUGCUUCAACCAACGCGACCCCCUGCCGUCGCUGGAGCGGCUGGGACGGGGGUUUAAUUUCCGUGUACAUUUUUUGCACUUUCUUAUUGAAGACUUGAAGAGUUUGUCUGGGCAAGGAGGACUGAGCUGAGAAGGGAGGUAGAGUCACGGUGUUUAUGUCUGGUUUUAUUGGCAUGUGUGGGGUGUGAGGGGAGGCCGGUGGGUGCCCUGCUUCCUGGCCGGCUGCUCCAAGGCGCCCGUCCGGGGCUGAGCCGGCUCCUGCUCCUGAGCUUCCUUGUAAGGUCCAUUUUUACGUCCUCGUGGUGUUUGAGCAAGUGCAUGCGUGCUGCCAGCCCCGCUGCCAGAGCCUGCCCGCUGCCGGAGCCUGCCUGCCCAGCCCCGGCGGGAGCAUCGGCGUGCGCCAGCACUGCUGUGGGGAGUCCCGGCACCGUCCUGGCAGUGGGGCCACGGCAAGGCCGGGGCUCCCGGCGUGCCAGGCUUGGGGCACGCAGGUGGAGGUGAUGGGGGCAGGAGGGAGGGGACGGCCGGAGCCGGGACAGGGACACCUGCGAGCGUGGUGAACACCGACUGCGCCGCAGUGCCGGAGGCUGACGGCAGCUGUGAGCAAUGCCCCUGCGUUCACUUCGUACUCUCUGUGUCCCGGUUUCUGUUCUCUGUGUCUUAAUAAAUCCUUUUGGA